AUGAAUUUCGAUGCUGCACAAUAAUUAGUCCUUGAGCUAAAAAGAAAUGAGAAUCUCGUAGAUACAUAGCUUAUAUUAGUUGGCAAUAAAGUUGACUAUGCUGAAGGUCGCAAAAUAUCUAAAUAGACUGGCUAGGAUUAUUCACAAUCCUAGGGAAUAACGUUUGUAGAGGUGAGCGCAAAGACAGGAACUGGAGUUCAUGACCUUUUUGAUAGCAUUGCGAAAAACUUAAUCAGUAAACACAAACAAACAGUUCAAAGAUUUCAAACUUAGAAGAGCAUAAUGCUUGGUACAAAUCAACGAUAUGAUGAAUAAAACCCAAAAGAUCAAUGUGGGGGAGCCAAUGAACUUCGCCCACAUGCCAAGGGAGGGCAUCACGAUGCUUCCAAGGGCUGGUAUGAGGUGAAGAUGACUGGCAAGCUACCUGAGAGAAGAAGCUAUUAAAUAAGUGAGAUUCACAAAGAAUACCUAUAUAUCUUUGGAGGCUAAGAUCUGAAAGAAGGAGCAUAUAAUUCUCUAUGGAAGUUGCCUUUAAAGCAUAUCAUGGAUGGUGGGACAACAUCCUGGGAAUAAGUUUCAAAUAUGAGUGGAAGAUUACCAAAACCAAUAUCUCAUCAUAGUGGAUUCGUAUAUAACGAUUCAUUAUAUGUCUAUGGAGGUUUGGUUGAGUCUGACUCAAAUCCUCACCUUUAUGCUUUGAACCUAAAUACUAUGGUUUGGACGAUUGUUGAUUCUACUCAAUGGAGUCUAACUCCUCCUGCUAGAGAUGACCACUCUGCAUGUAUAAGCUCUGAUAACUAAAUGUAUGUCUUUGGAGGCUAUGUAAGAGGUGGAAAAUCCAAUGACUUAUGGAAAUAUGAUUUAGAAAAUAACGAUUGGGAGGAACUAGACAAAGGUGAUUAUUUCAUCACAGAUCCUAAAUAUCAUCAAACUCACGCCAGAGAUAGACCAGUUCCUAGAAUUGGUGCUGCCAUUAUGGAGCAUUAAAAUCAAAUUUACUUGUUUGGAGGUCAUGAUGAACAGAAUGAAAAGCUUGAUGACUUUUGGAAAUAUGACUUAGCCACAAAAUAAUGGUAACUAAUAGAAUCAUCAGGAAAUAAACCAACUGGCAGAAACGGUCACACAAUGGUCCUAAUUAAUGGCAAAUUGGUAAUGUUUGGUGGUAUUCUUGAGAUAACUAAGGAAACAGAUGAUGUUUUUAUCUAUGACUUUGCAACAAAUAAAUGGUAAAUUUACGAGUUGCCUUCCUACUAUGGAGGCAACUCUCCCAUGAAUGCUCGAGAUACUGAUAGCUAACAUGAGGAGAAAUCAAGCUUAAUUGGAGGGGGUAAAUCUAACACAAAAAAAUUGAAGCAUACAUCCUCAAUGCCUCAACUUCAUAAUAGUAAAAAUCAUGAGCUAAAUAUGAGAUCAUCUUAAAAAUUCUCGACUAACAACAAUUAAUCAAGCAUUGGUAAUUAACUUGAGACUACAACAACUCAAAAAGAUGGAAGAAGAAAUUCAUAACCAUCAUCACUUACAAGAAAACCAACUAUCAAUAUAACUGACUAGCAAUUCAUGAAGUAUAUGAGAGGUCAGGAAACACUUUCAUCUCCUACCUCAAUUCAAAUGAAGAAUGCAUUCAUUCUUAAAAAUAGUAACUAAAGCUUUGAGCAAUAUUAUCUUGCCAUGAAGAAAAGAAGAAACGUCAGAAAUGGUUUAUCAAUCAAUCUGUCAAUGUCACUAGAUGGUGGCAACAGCAAGAGUUCUCACAUCCAGAAAAAUAAACCUUCAGCAAGAGAUGGUCAUUCUUCAUUUGUGUUCCAUGAUAAGAUGUUCAUAUUCGGGGGAGAUAGACAUCACAUGCCUUUCAACGAUUUAUUCUUCUUGGACAUUGACAUUUGA